ACUAUGGGGGGUGGAGAUGGAUUUUCCACUCAUGAAGGGGAGGAAAAGGCAGAGGGUGGGGGCUUCCUUGGGAAGCUCAGGGAUGAGUCACCAAGGGACAGGGGAUUGGAGGGUGGAGAGGAUAUGGAGACCAGUCAUGCUGGGGGGCUGUGGGGUGGCGGUGCAGCAACAACGGUGAACAGCUGAUGCGGCAGCAAGAGGAAUCAGGUUGGACACCAGGAAGAUACAACAAGACGUCCCCUGAGAAGUGUUAUCAAGUCUCUGAAGGGUUACGUGCCAUGAAGAUCUGGUGUACGUGCUCUGUGCCUGGUGGAGGCAGGACAAGAUGAAAUUGACCAAGUGUAGCAUGAGAGACUCGGACUAGACAACUGGAAGGACUUUGAGAAGUCCUUUGAGAAUCGCCAGUUUCAAGUUCCAGAUUAACUGGUCGGUUUCAGGAAGCAGCAGUGGAGAGAGCACUGAGCCGGCCUCAGGAGACCAUCUGCUUUAUCCAAAGACUUUUGGCUGAUGAGGAUCUGGGAGGCUCAAACAACAUCUUGUCUGGGUCGGGGACAAGUGACUUGAAGUGCACGCUCUUUCUUGGCAGGACCAGGUGUCUCCCGGGCGGGAUGGCCCAGGAGCUCAGUGAGAAGGAGUUGUUGAGGAUGCAGGUGGAGCAGCUGAAGAAGGAAGUGAAGAACCCUAGAGCUCCGAUUUCCAAGACAGGAAAGGAAAUCAAGGAGUAUGUGGAGGCCGAAGCAGGAAAUGACCCUCUUCUCAAAGGCGUCCCUGAGGACAAGAAUCCCUUCAAGGAGAAAGGCUCUUGUGUGAUAAGCUGAUGGCUCCGGCAGCCCUCACUGGAAUGUCUGUCCCUCCUCAGACCCACUCCUCACCCAGAACGAAGUGUCCUGGGACACCCAUGGAACCUGUGAAUUUUCAGCUUCUCUUAGUCACAGAAUGAGUAAAGAUACCUGGCUGC